AUGACAUCCAGCAAGCGUUUGUUGUGCAGCUGUUGCAUUUUGUUGAGCUCAAAUCGUCAGUUAGCCUCUCGGGUGAAGGUCAUGGUGGUACAACCACCGACUGCUGCCAAAACACGCUCGACCCCCUAUGCACGAUCAUCUUCUUCGGUUGACUCCUUCCAGGUUGAGGAUGAGCUGAAGAAGCUUGAACAUCGGUUGGGGGAAAAACUCCGUGUGGGUCCUACAUCCAAGCCGAUAGCUACACCUGCCAGAACAGCGGCUGCUCCAAAGGUCUUGACUACGGUUCAGCCUGUGCCACCUGGUCUCCCUCCACCAAAGGUGAGUGCUCUGGUGCCGUCUGGUACCCCUCCACCAAACCAGCCGGUGAUGGCCCCUCCACCAAAGGUGAGUGCUAUGGUGCCAUCUCGUACCCCUCCACCAACGCAGGUGAAUGCUCGGGUGCCAUCUGGUGCCCCUCCACCACAGGUGAAUGCUCGAGCUCAGGUGCCAUCUGGCGCCCCUCCAAAGGUGAGUGUUCCGGUGCCUGUACCCAAAAGUUGUGGUUCGAGUGCGAAAUCCACUCCGAUCAAAAGCCCUGAGCUCAAGAAAAGCAAAAUGGAGGUUGUGAACUCUAGUGCCAAAAAUUUGGCGCAUGACUUCGACAGUGUGGCUACGACAGUGAGCGCUGAUUCCCAACCAGUUGAGGGUGAUCUAGCUGGAACUCCUGCACACGAUUCGGUGAUCGGCUCGGAAUGUGGUGGGAUUGGGCGUGACAUCGCUACCAUAUCAACGUUGCCAAUGGGUGAUAGCAUGGAGGACUUGGGAAGGCUUGACUUGGACGUGCUUGCAGUGGACCAGCCACUGAUCAUGUACAUGAACAAAUGGCACAGUGACAUGUCUCUGAACGACAUGCGAGUUGAUGUCAACACUUGGGUCAAACGUCGCACUGACUUGGGAGACAUCAGCAAGAUGGACCCACACCUUACGCUUUCAGUGAAGGAAAUUGCAACAAUUAACAAGCAGAUUGCAGACAGAACCAAGACUGCAGCUAGCAUGAAGGUGGAACAUCACCUUUUGGAACAGAACCUUGACCUGGCUGGCAGGGAUCUUCUGGCCAAGCAGUAUGCUCGUACCAAGGAGAUGUUCCCUGACCUGGACCCAAAGGAUACUGACAUCUAUAUGGCUCAUGUUGAUGCCGUGGCCCGAUGGAAACAUGAUAAAUUGAAACCCACGCUUGAUGCGCAACAGGUUUUUGAUCGAUGCACGGCUGACAUCGAAGAACAAUUGGGUCGGAUGCUUGACUUUAUGGUGGACCAUGCCAGAAUUAGAGAUGGCAAUGCUGUUGUGGAGAAGGGCCUCAUUGAAGAUCUGGAUGCCUUUGUCCAGAAACACCAUGACACCAAGGUCCCGCAGGUUGGGUCCUCUCGAUCGGAAGCUGAUCACCACGAUCUCCUGAAAGAUCACUUGGAAGUGGCAACUUUUCCAGGGGUGCAGGAGAUUGCGCAGGAUGCAUCAGAGCCACCAACUCCGCACCUCCGUGCGCAGAUGGAUCUCAUGCGUCGAUUGGACACCACCCAGCUCGAGGCUGUAGAGAGUUCCCCGAAGAGUGGUGCUAUUCCUGAUGCUGUGGAUGCGAGUCCACCAAUCCGUAUUGGCCCGGGCGGGCGCAUUGAGACCGAAGAUGAGUACCAAGCUAGAAUGGCUCAUAACACCUACAUGCGGUUCAGCCGGAGUUUGAAGAGAGCUGAUUGCCCAAAGCCGGUUCUAGAUGCAGCUGCAGGGAAGAAGCACA